CCUAAAACAGCCAGCCUCCAGCAGCAGGAGCCGGAACCGGAGCUAGCUCUUCUUCCUUUGCGUUCGGAAGAUAUGGCAGAAUCUCGCAGCAAUAGAGCGGCCGUUCAGGCUACUAACGACGAUGCAUCCGCCAGUAAAUUGUCUUGUGUCAAAAAGGGAUAUAUGAACGACGACUAUGUUCACCUCUUUGUGAAAAGGCCUGUUCGAAGAUCUCCCAUCAUUAAUCGAGGUUACUUUUCCCGUUGGGCUGCCUUCCGAAAGCUUCUCUCUCAGUUUCUAGAAAGUUCUUAUCAAACAGCUCCAGCCAAGAAACAGAUACUCUCACUCGGAGCUGGCUUUGAUACUACGUUUUUUCAAUUGCUG